AUGUCUUGGACGUCGAGCCGCCGAGCUACAGUAUUGAAUGUCUUUCCCCAGAAAGACAGUAUUUCAUCACAUUUCAGUCCGCAGCAACUCAUUGAUAAUGUCAAUAUCAACUACAAGAGUGACAUGGUUGCUGAGCUUGGACAGUAUGUUCAUGCCAUUGGGACGGAGUCCAACAAUUCAUUGGAACCACGAAGUAUUGAAGCGAUCUACAUUGAACCUACAAAGGGACAACGUACUGGGCACGGAGUGCUCAACCUCAAUACUAAGAAGAUGAUUUCUCGACCCAAGGUUGUCAUACUACCCGUUACCGAUCAAGUAAUCCAGCGUAUUGAACCUUGGGCUGCUACCGAAGGUGUUUUCAAGAUGGCGAUCAAAUUGCAGGAGUGGAUGACACGGAACAAGGUUACUUAG